AUGGAUCUUCGCACCAGAGCCGUCCAGGGCGUCGCGGCAGGCAUCGGCCUGGUCUCGGAGAGCGUCAGCGCACACAAGGCGAGGAAGCAAAAGGCGGCCAGACAGAGAGACAGUGGGAGUAGCUCGCCGGUAGACCGGGAAGAAGCUAUUGGGGAGGAGCAAAGGGAGGUGGAUGAAUGCCAUGAGCUCCAGUGGGAGCUCGACGAGGUGCAGGAUCAGCUGUGUGGCCGACCAGAGUCGACCAGCACUGUGAUCACCGACGAAGACACAGUAAAUGGUGAUACCGAUACUAUCAGCCUGGCAGAAUCGUUUGCUCGCAACUAUCCUCCACCGUCAUAUACCGAGACGCCUCAACUACCGUGUCCUGUGGUGCUGCCCCAGCGCAGACCCAAGUCACAGAUGCGAGGGUUUAUUCGCGCAUAUUCUCCGGUCCUUCAGGACUUUGGCAUCGACGAGUCAAUGUUCCUCGAAUUUCUCGAGACGUCGAAUAAGGCGUGUCAGGCUUCUCCGUGGAUUCAAGCCGUCAAUCUUGCCUCGAUCGGGACGAUGUUCAUGCCCACGUUGACUGGGUUCCUCGUCUCGGCUGCGAUCCAGAUAGCCACGAAUAUGGCGAUGGCAGCUGAGGGCAGACGCAAGACCAACGCCUACUUUGACAAGAUAAACGACAGCUUCUUCCGUCCGCGCGGUCUAUACUGUCUUAUCAUGACGUGGAAUCCCGAGUCUGCCGAUCCGUACGCGACGUUUAACUUGAAUUCCACCGUAAUGACCGCGAUGGACCGGGGCGGGUCUGACAUGUUCGGCAAGCUGCGACAUAAAUUCAAAACCGCCAACGCCGACACGUAUGGCAACCUACCCUUCCCGGAAACAGCGCCGCUUGUAUUCCCUGUUCUCGACCAGCUCCCCGAUGAUGAAGAGAUUCAGAAGAAGCUUAGCAAGCUCAAGAAGCAGAAACAGUUUGCCUCUGAUUACUGGGACCGGAGAGCCCGUGCUAAAUUUGCACUGGAAAACCCAGACAGCGAACUCAACAUGGGCCCGAAGCCUAUCUUCACCUCUCGCUACGCCGACCCUUCCCACCCGGCAAGUAGCGGAUCCCUGCUGGGACUGGUCACAGGGGGAUACCUCACAGAAGAGAAGCUAUCCAACCUGAAGGGCCGCGGGACACUCAGUCAGUUGACUGCCAGCCGUGGUAGCGGUGGAUCUGCUCCAUACGGCCAACGAGGCGGAGGACUCGGUGAUUUAGUUUCCACCAUCACCUCGUUGAAAAACGGAAGAGGUAUUUCGAGUUCUUCUGCAAUAAACACAAAACCGUCAUUGUCGAGCAGAGUCAGUGGUGGAUUAGGCGGCGGGCUUACAGGUGUAAGCCCGCUGGGUUUCGUGCAAAAGGUUCUCAAGAAGAAAGUUGUAUACUUGAUGAUCGUCAAUAUGCCGUCCGAAGAGGAAAUGCAGGCGGCAAGAGAGGCCUUGUCAUUGUGA